AAUUUCAAUCCUCUUUCACUCUCUCUCUUCAAAAUAUCUCCUAUCAAAUUUCCCAUCCCAACAGGGUAUACCCCUCCAUAUAUAAGCAUCUCUCACAAACUAUCACAGUAACCUUUUCUCUCUUUCUUUCUCUCCAUCAUCAUCAACAAAAACAACUACAGCAACAGAAACAAAAACAAACAACAGUAACAUCAAAAUCACAUAUCAAUAAAAUCAUUUUCCAACUCAAACAACCCUAGAAAAAAACAACACCAUGUCCCUUGAAGACUCCCUAAGAUCUCUUUCUCUUGAUUACUUAAAUCUUCUCAUCAACGGACAAGCCUUCAGCGACGUCGUUUUCAGCGUCGAAGGCCGUUUAGUCCACGCUCACAGAUGCAUCUUAGCAGCAAGGAGUCUCUUCUUCAGAAAAUUCUUCUGUGGGCCAGACCCGCCUUCCGGACUCGACCCGUCAGGCAACCGAGUCAACUCAUCAACAAGGUCCGGUGUUAUACCGGUGAACUCAGUGGGCUACGAGGUUUUCUUGCUGAUGCUUCAGUUUCUCUACAGUGGUCAAGUUUCUAUUGUUCCGCAGAAACAUGAACCUAGGCCUAAUUGCGGCGACCGUGGUUGUUGGCAUACGCAUUGUACCUCGGCCGUUGAUCUCGCUCUUGAUACUCUCUCCGCCGCGAGAUACUUUGGGGUUGAACAGCUUGCAUUGCUCACUCAGAAACAACUUGCUAGCAUGGUGGAAAAAGCUUCUAUUGAAGAUGUAAUGAAAGUGCUACUAGCAUCAAGAAAACAAGACAUGCAUCAACUAUGGACAACAUGUUCUCACCUCGUCGCGAAAUCUGGUCUUCCGCCGGAAGUGCUGGCGAAGCAUCUUCCGAUAGACAUCAUAGCGAAAAUCGAAGAGCUUCGAAUGAAAUCAUCCUUAUCACGCCGCUCCUUAAUCCCUCACCACCACCACAACCCUCACCAUCACCACGAUCAUCUCACCGCUGCAGCAGACCUCGAAGACCAAAAGAUCCGUCGGAUGAGACGUGCCCUCGACUCCUCGGACGUGGAGCUAGUUAAACUCAUGGUAAUGGGAGAAGGCCUUAACCUCGACGAAGCAUUAGCGUUACCUUACGCGGUUGAGAGUUGCAGUAGAGAAGUGGUGAAAGCCUUGUUAGAACUCGGUGCAGCUGAUGUGAAUUUCCCGGCCGGUCCAACCGGUAAAACCCCGCUUCACAUUGCUGCCGAGAUGGUCUCGCCGGACAUGGUGGCCGUGCUUCUCGACCACCACGCUGACCCGAAUGUAAGAACAGUCGACGGCGUUACACCUUUAGACAUUCUGAGAACCCUAACCUCAGACUUUCUCUUCAAAGGCGCUGUCCCUGGAUUAACUCACAUAGAACCAAACAAACUAAGGCUGUGUUUGGAGCUUGUUCAAUCUGCAGCUCUUGUCAUGUCAAGAGAAGAAGGUAACAACAACAAUAAUGCUAAUAACAACAACACAGGAUCUUCAGCAACAAACAUGUACCCUCACAAUCAUAUGAAUGAAGAACAUCAUAGUCAUCACAACAACAACAGUAACAUGGAUUCAAGGUUGGUGUAUCUUAACCUUGGUGCUAAUACUCAAAUGAGUACUUCAAGGUUGGAUUCUGGUGAUGAUGAUCAUAAUAGUAAUCAAAGGGAAGCUAUGAAUCCAUCCAUGUAUCAUCAUCAUCAUUCUCAUGACUACUAAUUUGUUCCAUCUUUGCAUGUAAGAGUAAGAGUAGUUUCUCCCUAAUUAAAAUUAAUAUUUUCAAAUAGACAUUCACUGAUAUUAUUAUUAUUAUUAUUAUUAUUAUUAUUA